CGGAGCGACGUCGGCGGGUCGGGGACGUCGCGGAAUGAGACGGUGCGCGUUGCGUGCGGUGUGCAAAGCAGUGGCGGCGACUGUGGAUCAGCGAGUGCGGCCAGCCCAAAAUAAGAUUUGACGAGCGUCCGUCGCGGUCACGAGUCGCAACGUCGGUUUCAGGGUCUCGCGAGUCCCGGCGGUUCGUCCCGGCGCUCUCGUCAGCGUCAGCAGCACAGCACGUCAGCGGCGCUCGCUGAACGUCGGUCGGGAAGGCGGUGUGAUGCCGCCGCGAUAACGCGGACGGGCCUCGCUUGCGCAAUGACGUGUUCUCGCGCUCUUCGGCAGCCGCACGUUCGACGCGGAAUCCGUUGAGGGAGGAGGACGGAGAAGAGACCGAGUGCCUGGCGCGCGCGAAGCGGUCUCGCAAGUCCCCGGGGAGUGCAGUGCUGCGAUGCCGCUGCGUCUCGGCGGGCUGAGGAUUAACGCGUUGUUGAUGAAGGCCGCGAACGGCGGACACGCACUCUUACGCACGCCGCCGUCGACCCGCCGGUGAACAGAACAUGGGCAAGCAAAACGGCUGGUGCUGGUGGUGCGUCAAGGCCGUCAAGUGGUUGCCAGUGAUCUUCAUCCUGACGAUCGUCGCCUGGUCCUACUACGCCUACGUGGUGCAACUGUGCUACUAUACAAUAGACAAUUAUGUUCAAAAAGCUUUCUAUCUGCUUUUCUUCCACAUCCUGAUUCUGAUGUUUCUCUGGUCGUAUUGGCAGACGGUGUACACAAAUUUAAUGCCAGUGCCAGAUAAGUUUAAAAUACCUGAUGUCGAAAUGGAGAAAUUGCAACAGGCUGAAACUGAGGAAACGCAGAGACAAAUUUUGGAAAGAUUUGCACAAGACCUUCCGGUUACUAAUCGCACCAUGAAAGGAGCUAUGCGAUUUUGCGAGAAGUGUCAGUUAAUAAAGCCUGAUAGGGCACACCACUGUAGCGUAUGUGGCACUUGUGUCUUAAAAAUGGAUCAUCAUUGUCCAUGGGUGAAUAAUUGCGUAGGCUUCCACAAUUACAAAUUUUUCAUGCUGAAGCCGGCAUACGGACUUGUCUACUGUAUGUUUAUUACCGCCACAUCUUUGCAAUACUUUAUACAAUUUUGGAAAGGUGAAUUAGACGGAAUGGGUAGAUUUCAUCUACUAUUCCUUUUUUUUGUUGCGUUGAUGUUUGCAAUCAGUCUUACCUCCCUUUUCUGCUAUCAUUGCUAUCUCGUUGUUCAUAAUAGAUCGACGCUAGAGGCCUUUAGAGCACCUAUGUUUCGGACAGGAAAGGAUAAAGAUGGAUUUAGUCUGGGGAAAUACAAUAAUUUUCAGGAGGUAUUUGGUGACAAUCCGCGACUCUGGUUUCUACCUAUAUUUAGUAGUCUGGGAAAUGGUGUCGUCUACCCAGUAAGAUCGCAACACCAGGGCACACCCAAUACUUAUGACUCCAUGGGCAGUACUCAGAACAGCUUUGGAGACGGGGGAAACUUUCCCGAGCGGCUGUGCAAUGAAGAUACUCAUACUUUGUUGGGCCCCGGCACCCAACAAUGGGGUGACGAAACCGAAUUUGACUCCCCAUCUCCCUACAUAAAUCAGGUCCACCAUUGAUCAAAUGACAUUGGUACAAGAAGCUACAAUUUUGGCUCUUGGCACUGGCACUGCUGUGAUAGGUCCUUCUGUUGAUGUCGACCAACCACUGAUGGAUGUAACAGAAUCUGUCUGAACAACACCGACAAAUCUGUACGACUUCACGCAAUUGCAAUUUUGCUUUAUGAUAUCACGACUGUAAUCCAGAGUAUCAAAUUUAACAUUUGAUGCUUUCUUAUGUUUUAAUUCUCGGCGUUGUGCGUUUAGGGUUUCAUAGGUACUAUUGUUGCGAAGGAAAGUCACAUUGAAUUGUUAUUGCAAGGAUUUUUACCAUUGCGGUUUGUCCCGCACCACAAGAUACUUUGAAUAUUAACUGUAUUAUAUACUGUAACAUAUACAUGGAUUUGUUGUUAAAAGUAUUGUUGUAAUUGUAUUACUUGUAAUUUUAACCAUAAUGUUUCACAUACAAUUAAAUUAGCCUAUAACGCAAUGUAUAAUAUCGAUGUUGCUAUAAAUUUGUAAUUGAGUGUGUAGAUUACAAGUUGUAUCAUAAAAUGACGAAAAAAGUUAUUGCAGUUCAACUCGGUCGGAUAUUUCAUCAACAAUACUCUUUGUCAAAACAUAGCCACAUAUACGUGUGUUGAGCAAAAUAGAAAUUAUAAAAAAAAAUUGCAAAUAAAAUUCGUCCAUAUUUUAUUGUAAAAAAAAUGGAUAGGAUGAUU